AUGUCGGAUCCAGGUAUGGAUGCUGCGAAGAAGACCAAAGACCCUCAAGCCACCAUUUCGGCUGAAAAGAGUUGUGCGUUAUGCGAAAACCCGGUCAAUGAGCGUAUGGUGCAAUGCAAUACAUGUGACGUGUGGCAUCAUUUCUCGUGCGUGGGUGUUUCCGAGGAUAUCAAGGGCUACAAUUGGACCUGCUUGAAAUGCGAUACCGCGAAGGCAGCCAAAGGUGUGAUUCCACGGAAGAUGAUGACGCGAGCUGCAGCUGCAAAAGGUGCAAAGAAGGCGAAUCGGGAGGAGGGGCAGACAGAUGGAGUGAACGAGCAGACGAAAGAGGCCGAUGAGCUAGCCGUUUCAGCAGCAUCACGAAAGUCGGCAAAAGCUCGUUUGGACGUGGAACUGCAGCAGAUCAAAGCUGAGGAGGAGUUGAUGCGAGAAGAAAUGCAACGGAAGCGAGAAUUGGCGAAGAAGAAGUUCGAGGUCCUGAAGGAGAUGGCUGAUCUGGAAGGUAGUGGCGAAUCCGCUGUUGAUCAGCCGAAUGUCGUCAAUAAAGUUGAGCACUGGUUGAAGCGUCACAGCGAGAUCCGUGAAAAGGGCAAGCAGUCGUACAAAGAAGCCAGAGAUUAUGAUUCUGAAGACGGCGUGGAAACCGAGGCUUCGAGCGAAAUUUCAGCGUCUGGUAGCGAAUCAGAUAGUGAUGAAGAGAUGUCGACGGACAGCGGAGCGGAUCGAGAUGGUAGAGCAGAUGGAGCGCAAUCCGUCGGAGAGCUCGUAGGGCGAAGGCAUCUCAGGCCUAAAAUGACCUCGACCAGGAAGGUCCCGAAAGGUGGAAGUAGCAACCGAUCUGGAACGGAGCGACAACAAUCAUUGCAGAGUGACAGGAAGCUUUCGAAGGAUGAACUAGCAGCCCGUCAAGUUGUUCCUCGCGAACUGCCGAAGUUUAGCGGUAAUCCGGAGGAAUGGCCGAUGUUUGUGUCAACGUACGAAGAUACUUCAGCCAUGUGUGGAUACACGGACGCCGAAAACAUGAUUCGCCUCAGGAACUGUUUGAAGGGAGAUGCGUUCAACGCUGUCCGAAGUUUUUUGAUGCGGCCUGAAACCGUGGGAAGAGCGAUCAGUGCGUUGAAGCUGCGGUUUGGCAGACCGGAGACGAUUAUCGACUACUUGAAAGAGAAAAUAAUAGCAAUGCCGAUCAUCAAGCCGGACGCGAUGGACAAGCUGGUCGACUUUGCGCUGGAAGUUCAAAACCUCUGUGCUACGAUAGAAGCUUGCGGAGAGAAGCAGUACAUGUGUGAUACGACGUUGCUGAAGGAAUUCGAGAAGAAGUUGCCACCGCAAAUCAGACUGGACUGGGCCCGAUACAAGAGGAAGUUGCGGAAAACGAAGCUGUCCACGUUUAGCCGGUGGAUAUACAACCUGGCGGAGGAUGUGAACGUGGUCUUCGAACCGCAGUCCCGUGGAAACAAAACGCAGGAGUUCGCUAGAGGAGUUCGUAAGGAGAAGUACGUGAGCACCCACGCUGAAGUGCCGGUCACGGAUAGGUAUCAGCAAGCCCGCCAAACUCAGCAGUCAGCAGUCGUAGGGAGCGGAGAAUCGAAACCCUGCCCGGCCUGCAAGAGUGAUUGCAAGUGUCUGGCAAAAUGCAAGAGAUUCCUGGAUUUGUCGUACGAGGCGAAAUGGGCCACUGUUCGCGGCUUCAAUUGCUGUCGCAAAUGUCUUCGGCAACAUAAAGGUGGCUGCAAUUCCGGAGAAUGUGGAAAGAACGGUUGCACGUUCAAGCACCACGUAUUACUCCACAGAGACUUAGCCGUACCCGGCGCAUCGAGCAGUGUUACAUCCAACAGAUGUGGGUCUUCAAAGCAGAACGAAGAACGCAAUGUCAAUACGCACCAAUCAUCAACAGGUCCAGGAUCGUUCCGGUACCUGCCGGUAACUCUGUAUGGCGACGGAGUGCACGUGAGAUGUUACGCCUUUUUAGACGAUGGGUCAGAGUUGACACUCAUCGAUCAGCAGCUUGCAGAGGAUCUUAAGCUUUCUGGAGCAGUUCUGCCUCUCUGCCUGAAAUGGACGGGAGGUACCCACCGCUACGAAUCAGACUCACAGAGUAUCAACGUCGAAAUAUGCGGAAAGGAUGGAAAGCGGACGUUAUUGCAGGACGUGAGGACUGUCGAAGAGCUACAACUGCCGUACCAGUCACUAGAUAUGGACCAACUCUCAGAGCGGCACGGCUACCUGCGUGGUCUGCCCGUGGACUCGUAUUGUAACGUUCGUCCACGAAUACUGAUUGGAUUGAAGCAUGCCAACUUAAUGCUGGUGCGAAGGAGUCGUGAAGGCAAAAUUGGUGAGCCAAUCGCCGUCAAAACCAAUCUUGGCUGGACUGUAUACGGUGGCUGGGAAUCGCAGGACUCUUCGAGUACAGCGAGUCAUACGUACCACAUCUGCUCCUGCAACGAACCAGGCCUGACGCAUCUGAAUCAGAUGGUGAAAGAUUACUUCUCCAUGGAUAGUUUGGUAGUUCAACCGAGCCACGUUGGACGGCUUUCUAAGGACGAUGAACGCGCCAUAGCUCUUCUGGAAUCUCGCACUCACUUCAACGGAGAACGUUACGAAGCAAGCCUGUUAUGGCGGUCCGACAAAAUCCGUCUGCCGGACAACAAAGCAGUGGCAGUUCGUCGUUGGAGAUGCUUGGAAAAACGCAUGGAGAAGGACACGGAGUUAGCGAGCAUCCUGCAUGAAAAGAUUGCGGAAUACAGAUCGAAAAACUACAUCCGCAAGCUAACGUCGGAGGAGCUGUCAACAACAUACGAGCGGGUAUGGUACUUGCCUAUUUUUCCGGUAUACAAUCCGAAUAAGCCAGGCAAGGUUCGGAUUGUGUGGGACGCUGCCGCCCAAGCAUACGGGAUAUCACUGAAUUCGGUGCUCCUCACUGGCCCAGACCAGUUAGCGUCUCUUGUGGGCAUCCUGUACCAAUUCCGUGAGCAUCGAAUAGGCGUUUGUGCCGACAUCCGUGAGAUGUUCCAUCAGGUCGACAUCAAUCCUGAGGACCAGCAAUGUCAGCGUUUUCUUUGGCGUGACCGCGACGAACACGGUGAUCCAAGCAUCUACGUCAUGCAGGUAAUGACAUUCGGGGGGAGCUGUUCUCCUGCCACAGCCCAGUUUGUGAAGAACAAGAACGCCGAAAGAUUCGAAGAAGAAUAUCCAACAGCGGUAGCGGUCAUCAAAAAACGACACUACGUGGAUGACAUGGUUUUCAGCGUUGAAACGGAGCAAGAAGCAGUUGAACUGGCGGAGUCGGUGCGUUUCAUCCACAUGGAGGGUGGAUUUGAAAUCCGCAAUUGGGUUUCCAAUUCUCCGUUGGUGCUUUCCACUAUGAAUGGAGAAGAGUCAACGGAAAAGGACCUGAACAUAUCUGCGGAGGUGGCGAGUCAAAAAAUCCUCGGAAUGUGGUGGGAUACGAAGGACGACGUGUUCAAAUAUAACAUAUGCUGGACCAGAUUUGAUUCGGCGCUGCUUGAUGGAAGUCGUUGCCCUACUAAACGGGAGAUCCUUCGGACGCUGAUGACCAUAUACGACCCUCUAGGCCUCAUCGAUCACUUCCUGGUCUUGUUGAAAAUCUUGCUACAGGAGGUUUGGCGUGCUAACGUUGACUGGGACGAACGAAUCCCCGACAACCUGUUCGAGAAGUGGCGUGACUGGCUGCAAUUGCUACCCGAGGUAGAGAAAUUACGGAUUCCUAGGUGUUACCGGCAAGUUGUUUCAUCUUUGGGCGCAGCUUCCGUGGAAGUUCACGUAUUCGUUGACGCAAGCGAAAGUGCAAUGGCAGCGGCAGUGUUCUUGCGACUCGUAGAAGGGAAUCAAGUGGAAUGUACGCUGAUUGCUGCAAAGACUCGCGUAGCACCCUUGAAGUACACCUCCAUUCCACGAUUAGAACUGCAGGCUGCAGUCUUCGGGUGUAGAUUGGCGAAGAACGUUAUAGGAAAUCUGACGGUGAAUAUCUCCAAGUGUACCUACUGGACUGACUCCCGAAACGUUCUGUGCUGGUUAAGAGCUGAUCAUAAACGUUACAGUGCUUUCGUCGGGUCAAGGGUAAGCGAAAUACAGGAAUCGACAGACGUCCGUGAGUGGAGAUGGGUUCCGACUCGUUCUAAUGUUGCUGAUGAUGGGACUAGAUGGCGAGAUCGGAUCGACUUGUCUGCGAGUAGUAGGUGGUUCAAAGCACCAGAAUUCUUGAUGCAAGCGGAAGAAGACUGGCCAACACUUCCGCAAAAGUUGCUUUCCACUGAGGAAGAAAUGCGACCCAGCUUAUUGCUCCACUUCAAAGUUCCCGAACCUGCGAUAGAUGUGGGAAGAUUUUCGAGUUGGCGGCGAUUGCUAGCGGUGACUGGAUACGUCCUUCGAUUCUGCUUGAACCUUCAACGUCGUCGUAGUCAGCAUCCACUCAGAACUGGACCGUUAUCUAGCGAAGAGCUUCGAGGAGCGGAAGAAUACCAUUAUCGGCAAGCGCAACGAGAUGUGUACCAGGACGAAGUCGCAGCGUUGGAGACAAAAGAAUCAACUACCAAGCGUAUUCCAAAAGCGAGCUCACUUUACAAGUUGAGCCCGUUCGUUGACGAAUCCGGCGUAAUGAGGAUGAAGGGAAGAACCACUGUGUGUGCGUAUUUGCACAGUGACGCCAAGAAUCCUGUUAUUCUACCUCCAAAGCAUCCAGUAACAUCAUUAAUAUUAGUCCAUUACCACGAAAAGUUUGUGCACCGCAACUACGAGAUAGUAGUGAACGAAGUCCGCCAGAAGUACAGCAUCUUUCGCCUGAGACAAGCGCUUGCUGCGAUCCGUAGAAACUGCCAAUGGUGUAAAAACCGGGACGUUCUUCCUCAACCGCCAGAAAUGGCAGAUCUUCCUGCGGCCCGGCUGUCUGCGUACACGAGGCCAUUCGCACACGUUGGGGUGGAUUAUUUUGGUCCAAUUGAGGUGACGGUCCAGCGAAACCUGGUGGAAGUUCUACAUGCGCGGCGUCCAACCGAUGAAGAGCUGCGCAAUGCGUUGACGGAAAUAGAAGGCGUGCUAAACGCACGUCCUUUGACUCACGUGCCCAUUGAUGACGAAGCGGCUCCAGCGUUAACCCCCAACCACUUCCUGUUGGGUUCAUCCGACGGUUCCAAACCUUUGUCUCUAGUUGAUGCGGAUACUGCUGCACUACGGCGAGGUCACCCAACCUCCCAAUGGUUGGCAAAUCUAUUUUGGAAGCGUUGGGUCAGGGAUUACCUGCCCGACAUAACACGGCGAACAAAAUGGCACGAGAAGGCGAAACCUCUUCAGGUAGGUGACAUAGUAGUUAUCGUGGACCGGGAGCACCCCAGAAACUGUUGGCCCAAGGGACGAGUCAUCGGAGUGACCAGCAGAGGAGGACAAACUCGUAAGGCCACCGUACAAACCGUUGGUGGGAUCUACGAGCGACCAACAGUGAAACUCGCGGUGUUGGAUGUUCGGCGCGAGACUGAGUAA